CUCUCUUCCACUCUCCCCUCCAAACCUCUUUCAACAAAAUGGGCUCCGAAAACCCCUCUGAUCCCCUCUGGACCACCCAGUCCGUCCUGGCAAGCCUCCCUCACCCCCCAGAGGAGAACUCCGCCUCUCCGAUUCCCUUCUUCCACCUUCUCGAACGUCUCAAGACCACCAAGCGUGAAGGAUGGCGCCGCUUCGGCAUCAACUCCGGCGAAUCCAUCUCCGACCACAUGUACCGCAUGUCGGUGAUGACCAUGCUCGCGCCGCCCACCCUGGCCUCCCGCCUUAACCUGCCCCACUGCAUGAAGAUGGCCCUGAUCCACGACAUGGCCGAAUCCCUCGUCGGCGACAUCACCCCCGUCGACCGGGUCGACAAGACCGAGAAGGCGCGUCGCGAGGCCGCCGUCAUGGACUACAUUGCCAACAACCUCCUGGGCGGCGUUCCUGGUGGCAUGUUGACCGGACAGGAGAUCCUGAAGGUGUUCAACGAGUACGAGGCCAACGAGACUCUGGAGGCACAGUUCGUCCACGACGUCGACAAGAUGGAGCUGCUGUUGCAGAUGGUGGAGUACGAGCGCGCCAACAACAUUGACCUCACGGAGUUCUGCCACGUUGCGAACAAGGUGCAGUUGCCGGAGACGAAAGAAUGGGCGGCAACGGUGCUGCAGGAGCGCGAGAAAUUCUGGAAGAGUAAGGCGACAUGAGCAUGAUCAGAUGUGACACAUAGUACGAUAAAAUGUACGGCGUUAAAGUGAUGAUUACGACCGUGGACGGUACGGGAAUGGGGGGUUUCGGGUCUUGUUCGUUUAUUUCUUUUCCAUGAUACGCAUGCUGUGCAUAUUACAUUACACUCCGUGCGAGGCGUUGGGGGAGUGUUUAAUUUAGAUAUUAGCUCCAAUAGACCUACACAUACACACAUAC